UAAAACGUUUAUUUAUUUUGUAUUAUUAGACAUAACCAUUUUCGCAUAUUAUAGAAUGGCUUCGUCAGUACCCAAUAUUCAAAAGAGAAGCCGGACCACAGCAGAACAACUAAGUCGCAUGGUGGACUUUUUGACGGAAACGCCGGGAUUGGCAGGAUCAAGGUUCCAGAAGCUUCAUGGAAAAUCGGACUGCGACAAGAAGUGGAGUGAACUAGCGUCAAUGCUGAAUAGCCUUGGUGGUUCGGUGAAGAACGUCGACCAAUGGCGCACAGUAUGGAGGGAUUUGAAGAGCCGUACUAGCAUUAAGGUGCGUGAUAGGAAACGAAAGCAGGCAAUGACGGGAAACAAUCCCAUUAAUGAAGAGCCACCCACUGAGCUUGAGAGGCGUGUGAUUGCUCUUGUCGGUAGCGACUAUGUGCAGGGCCAUGAAACUGUUGCUGAAAGUGUGCCAGUGGAAGAGGAACUCCAACUGCGUAUGGAAGAGGGUGAUGAAAGUGUAAUCAUCGAGAUGCCAUCUAUUUCUCACGAAGUGAGCAUUGAGAUGUGCACAUCGACUCCUGUAACUCCUGCAGGAAAAACGCCACGUAGAGGAGCCAAAAGAAGGCGUGUGGACGGUGGUACCGAGGCCCAAAAAUCGUUUUUGGAAAUCGCUCAGACCCAAGCAAAUGCCUUAAAAAUGCUAGCAGAGUCGAGUGCAGCGAAUGUACAAAUAGCAAGUAGACAAGCAGAUGCUUUGAAGUUGUUAGCUGAAACAAGUACGGCGAGUGUGCAGGUAGCGAAAUCGUUGGCCGAAGCUAUGACCACAAUGGGGGAAGGUUUAAAGGCAUGUGCGGAUGCCUUUAAUAAUUUAAGAAACGCUAUCUACCGCAUGUAAAUAUUGUGUAAAUAUGUAGUUUUUGAAGUAUUUUUUGUUUUAAUAUUUAUAUUAGUUUUAAGCGUUUUAAAUAUAAGUUGAAGUUCUUUUUUGUUUUUAUAUUUAUGUUAGAGUUAAGUUUUCAUUUG